GCGUUUUCCAUUUACCUGGCUUGGAUCCAUGUGCAGCUGCGCGGCGAAGGCUCGCUCAAUUUGUGAUUGAGCUUUUCGUUCCUCAACCUACCCGCCCUCAGUCCAGCUGUUUGUUUGUUUCCUCGCGUGGCACAACAAACACGGCUAGCUGAGCAGACCAAACAAACAUCGAUAACCUGGUGGGCUGGGAGAGAGUGUUUUAAUUUGACUGUCAAGACGACGCUGGUCGUCCUGCCUGGCUGGCUUGUCUCUUUACAGCCUCUGUCGUCUCCACCAUUUUUUUGUUUGCCGCGAUAUCGGAUCCAAUCCAGCUCAGCAUCAAACCUCGCGAACGAAUCCCCAUCCGAACUCUCACCGCGCACUUGGCCUAUUCGAAUACUACGCGAACAAUCAAAUUCUCCUAUUGUCUACCUGUUUUGCUGGCUAGCCGGCAACGGGUUGUCAAAUGGAGACCGAAAGACAGCUGGGCGUGACGCCUCCAGUCUCAGUUCACCUACCAACAGAGGAGGAAAAGCAGGCAACGGACUCCCUCCUAGCCGAGCUACGUGCCCAGAACUCGUUCGAAAGCCCGAUUGAGACGGAGAAAAGGCACGCUGUGCUUCGCUCGUUACAAGAAAUCGCCGAUGCCUUUGUCAAGAUCGUAGCCCAGAAGAAGGAGCCGGACAAUGCCGUACUGAUCAAAGAUGCCCGGGGAAAGGUAUUUGCGUAUGGCAGUCUCCGACUGGGAGUAUGGGGGCCGGGCUCGGAUAUCGACACAUUGGUUGUAGCUCCACGAUACGUCACACGAGAGGACUAUUUCGAACACUUCCCGGGCCUGUUGGUAGAAAUGGCACCGCCAAAUGCCAUUACAGAUCUCUCUGUCGUCACCGAUGCGUUCGUGCCCAUCAUCAAGUUCGAGUUCUCUGGCAUCAGCAUCGAUUUGAUCUUCUCCAGGAUCGCCACGAUGAAGCAACUACCUGCGGACCCCAACUGGAACCUCCGGGAUUCUAAUCUCCUUCGCGGUCUUGAUGAGAAGGAAUUGCGAUCCGUCAACGGCACCAGGGUUACCGACGAGAUCAUCAACCUAGUUCCCGAGCAGAAUGUCUUCAGAACUGCCCUUAGAGCCAUCAAGCUCUGGGCUCAACGUCGCGCAAUCUAUGGAAACAUUGUCGGUUUCCCCGGAGGUGUGGCUUGGGCUAUGCUGGUGGCUCGGGUUUGCCAGCUAUACCCCCGCGCGACAGCAUCUGUGGUUGUCAACAAGUUCUUUUGUAUACUCAUGAAGUGGCCAUGGCCCCAGCCGGUGCUUCUGAAGGCUAUAGAAGACGGACCUUUACAAGCCAGGAUCUGGAAUCCGAAGAUAUAUCCUGGCGACAGAUACCACCUUAUGCCAAUCAUAACACCAGCAUAUCCAUCCAUGUGUGCGACCUUCAACAUCACGAAAUCUUCCAAGGAUGUCAUUGGGAGGGAGUUGGCCAAGGCCGCGGAUCUGACUAAUCUGAUUAUGGUGGGCAAGGUGCCCUGGAAGGACCUUUUCCAGAAGCAUACAUUCUUCACCAAGGACUUCAAGUACUACAUCCAAGUGAUCGCUGCUAGCAAGGACAAGGAGUCGCACAAACUUUGGUCCGGUUUCGUGGAGUCCAAGGUUCGACUCCUGGUGCAAGGCCUCGAAAGGCAUGAGUCUAUUGCAGUUGCUCGCCCGUUUAUCAAGGGGUACGAUCGGUCCCACCGAUACUACGACGAAGCCCAGUUCAACCAGAUUUUGGAGGGUAGUUUAGAACACCUCUGCCAAGAUAAAGAGCCUCAAUCAGGAGCAAAAUCAGAGGUCCAGGUCAAGGAAGAGCCUGCGUCUAAUGGGACUCACACCAAUGGUGCUGCUGUGAAGGAAGAAGUUGCUAUAAAGCAAGAGGGAGACGUCAGGAUAAAACCCGAAGGGGAAGUAGAUCCUAGAAUUCUGCCAGAAAACGUACCCGAAUUCCAGGGCCCAGCAUCAGACAUGUAUACCACCACCUUCUACAUCGGGUUGGAACUCAGGCCAGAAGCCAAAUCUCUAGAUCUGUCCUUUCAGGUAAACGACUUUAAGUGGCUUUGCUAUGACUGGGCCAAAUACAAAGAGGACCUUAGCGAACUUUGCUUCGUCAACAUCAAAGACCUCCGGUCGUUUGCACUUCCUGACGAUAUUUUCGGCCCGGGCGAGACCAAACCUGUUAAACGACUUGUUAAGAAGAAGGUUCCGGUUGAGAGGAAACGUUCCGCCAACGAAGAUAACCAAGCACCUGCGAAACGCCAUCAACCCGCAACAGUCGCCAAUGGUGUUUGAAUACAAACGCCCUGAAUCUUCUGUGCUGAUGCGUACGCUUCACUGCACCUAGUCCUGAUUGUUUUGGUGAUGUUAACCCAAAAACGAAGCAAGGAUAUUGGGCUGGAUACCAGCAACUGUGGAUGAUGGGCUUGCGUAGUCCGUUAAGCCAGGACUGAGUGGCUCUAAUGACAGACAGGUUCUUUCCCUCACCAGCUAUAGACAUACCGACACGGCAGAGACGACUGAACGAAAUCCCAUCAGAAUAUGGGGCUGCAGAGAGACUCACCGAACGAGCAGCUCCACGAGAUUCCCGCUACGAGCCUUAGAACCCCACUCACUGCCACAAAUGUUUGACCAUCUCACUGCGAUUUUUUUUUCUUUUUCUGCCACAAAACCAUACUUUUCACGGAGAGAGCUUACGGAUGUAGCGUUUCUUUUUACUUUUCUAUGCAUUUUUAAUUUCGUUCUUCUGCCAAGAGGACUUUGCCCACGAGGAUACGGACACUCUUGUUCUUUUGGUUUUUUGUUUUCUUUUUUUCUUUUUUUUUUUUUUUUUUUUACGGCAUUUUAAGUUGUUUCCACAGAUACGUGGAUGGACAUUUCGG